GUCAUGGCGUACGGACAGACGUCGAGCGGGAAGACGCACACGAUGUCGGGGGUGCCGUCGGACCCCGGGGUGAUGCAACGCGCCGUGGAGGACAUCUUCGAGCGCGUGGAGAGGGACCGCGACGUCCGGAGGUACGACGUGCGGUGCUCGUACAUGGAGAUUUACAACGAGGACGUGCGCGACUUGCUCAGGGACAACAACAACGGCGGCGCCGCCGCCGCCGCGAACGCGCCAAACAACGCGAGGGACGGCGGCGGCGGCGUCAAGUUGGUCGUCGGCUCGAGCGGGCUGACGCGCGUGCGCGGGCUCGAGGAGAGGGUCGUGACGCGCGCGUCCGAGGUCAUCGACAUCGUCGAGCAGGGCGCGGCGAGGCGCGCGACGAACAAGACGUCCAUGAACGCGUCGUCGAGCCGGUCGCACGCGGUGCUGCGCAUC